CAAAACAAAUGGCAUUAAACGUUUGAACUUUUGCAUGUGACCCAAUUAUUCCCCGAAGAUUCAUCGGACGAAUGCUUCUCUCAAUGCCCACAUCUGCCAAUUUAAAUCCAAACCUACUACCAGCAUUUUCCCUCCUUUAAACUUCUACAUCCCAAAGAGAGGGUCGUGCUGCAUUGUCUCGAGCAUUGAUGGGGAGUGAAAGUUGGUUUAAGAAUCAAUCUUUAGGGAUGUCCAGAUCUGAAUCAAAUGCACGAGUGGGGCAGAAAAGAGGUAUUAUGGAAAUUGAAGAAAUGUCGGCAAUUUCUCAAAAAAGAGUCAAAAUGCGUGAUAUUGAAGUCGUUUUUCGUUCUGAUGAUCAAGGAGGAAGAGGAGGAAGUGAUGCAGCAUAUCCAGUGAUACGUUCUGCUACACGCGCACUUGAUCUCAAUAUGAGUGUUGGUUCUAUCAGCGAUGCUGUUGAUGAUGAUACUCGAGUAUGUAUUGAGGAACGCAACAAACAGCCCACAUUCGGGAUUGAGCAAAUGGAAAGAAGUGAUGAUUUUUCAAAUUCAAUGCGGUGUAAGUUAGGUGUAAAUGCUGAAGAUAUUUCCAGUUCAAUCAACCAUGACCCUUUCUAUCCAUACAAAACAUACGAGUACUCAAAAUCAAGGAAUAAUUCUGAUUGUAGAAGUUCUAUAGGUCUAUUGGAGGUAAAAGAUCCAAUGAGAGUUUGGAAUAAGAUGAAACAAAAUGGUUAUCUCUCCACUUCUUAUGGGGCAGCGCCAAUGGCAAUGCCAAAGCCACGCGUAAGGAAGAGUAAAAAUGACGUGAUGAAGAGAAAUAUAGAACUUGCCAAGAAAGAGCAGGCAGAUAUGUUCGCAAAGGUUGCUGCUCCAAGUGGAUUGCUUAAUGGACUAAAUCCUGGAAUCAUAAACCAUGUGAGGAACAGUAAACAGGUUCGCUCUAUAAUGGAAGCCCUGGUGAGGUCUGAAAGCAAGCAAAGUAAUCUAACAAAGUGUAGCAUGGAAGAAUUUAGUGAUAAAAAGGACCCUGAUAAAACAAAUUGUUUGAGAGUUAAUGGUGAAGAUAUCUUGUCCAUAAGCAGGCCAUCAUCGAGCAAAUCAACUUCUCUGAACUCUGAACUCACUGGAGGAAAUAGUUUUUCAUUCAAGGGAGAGACAAAGAUUUUUGAAAGCAACCCUUCAUACAGCUGCACUAAAAAAGAGGAUGAUGGACUCGUACUAAAGUUGUCAUCAUGUGGAACUUUAGCAUCAGAGAAUAUAAGCUCUUUGUCAAAUGUGGAGUCAGCAAAUCUAUCCAGUGCUGUUACUUCGCUUUCUGUCAAAGCUGCUAAUGUAGCUUCCCAAUGGUUGGAACUUCUUAGUCAAGAUAUUAAAGGGCGUCUUCAAGCGUUGCGGCGUAGUAAGAAGAGAGUUCGGGAUGUAAUUAAUACAGAAUUACCUUGCCUAAUGUCAAGAGAAUUCUCAUCUAACCAAGAGAAUGAUCUAUAUGCAGAAGGUUCUAACUUUUGCCAUCCUGACAAAGCAAUGAUCAAUGCUCUCUUUGUUAGAUGGAGAACAAUGUUUGGACAUAUGGAUAAAGCACUAUCUGCAGAAGAGAGUCAACUGGAAAGUUGGUUGAUCCAAGUAAAGGAAAUGCAGUUGUGGAGUGAACCGAUUCUUUCCAAACAUAGUGGUUUGCAGCGAGCAGGUCCAAAUAAUUGCAGAUCCGAAGAAGCCAAUGACUCAGAAAGCGAUUUAGCUAUCAGGGCUACUGCUGCUUCCAUGUAUUCAACUUGCAACUUCUUGUUAUCAAUGGAAAACCACUAAUCAUUAAUCAGCUUCCUAUCAUUGUAUUCCACACUUACAUAUUAAAUCAUUGUUGAGUGCUUGUAUUAUUAGCGAUACUGUUACAUUUUUUAAACUAGAUGUUGAAUUUCAUUGUAGUUUCCGAUU